AUGUGCAAAAAAUUGGAUGUGGGUCAAAAAGUAUACUGUGCUUCUGUAAAAGUAAGUUAACUCAACUCAAACCCAACGAUGCUCCGCGUUUACUUUCAGGCUAUUUUAUUCGUGAUUGCUGGGCUUUUGAUAAUUGUCGGUGUUAUUGGCUUGGUUUUUGGGUGAGUUUAUUUUUUUUGUAAAAAAAAAUUUUAAAGAGAAAAUUGCUCAGAUUCGUCGCCGCCAAUCACAUAAUAUUGAUCGCAAUAUCAGCCAUGUGUUCGGGAAUUAUGACACUAAUUGUGGCGGUUUGGCCAGCAAAGUGUAUUGUUGUAUGGAGUUUGAUCGAUCAAAUAUUCCUCGCGUUUUCUGGUGUUCUGAUGGGUAUUGUUUUUGUGAUGGUUGUAGCUAUUGAAGAUUUGAGGAAAGAUUUUAAAGAUGAAAUAGGUGAGAAAGUUCAGAUUUUGAAUCGGGAUAGGCUGGAACGGUCGGACCAUGAUUUUUUUGCAGUCUACUUCUAUAUCUACGCGGCACUUUCGUUCACCGCAAGUUUUUGUGCAAUCAUAGCUUGUGUUCUUUACUCAAAGCUUCUUUGCUGCAAAGGAAAAGCACAGGAUUAUCAAGUACCUCGAAAGAGUCAAAAGAAAAGUGUAAAAAGAACUGAGAAAAGUAAUAAGAGCAGUAAGAAGAGUAGAAGCAGUAAGAGCAGCAAGAAGAGUGAGAAAAGUGAGAAAAAGAGUCCGAGCAGUGGAAGUUUUGGUGCGAGUGGAUCGACGUUUGCAUCGGAUUUAUCUACUAGAUCAAAUGUUGGAGCUACCGAGAAACAGAAUAAUGAAUAA